ACGCACCGCUGUGGAUACUGCGGGUGUAAAGAGCACACGUACAUUUUGAAGGCAAACAUGGAAAUUAUGCCCGAAGRAAAGAUGCGGAUUCAAAAAAACUCUGCCCACAUGUUGCUUCUGGAGAUAGGGACUCCUUUUCUCCCCUUGUUGUUGUUGWUGCAUCGCACGGAAACGGAACCGUAGUCGCAUAGUGCAAAGACGCAAAACGAACUGGAUACCAUGGACACGGACUACGACUAUGAUUCUCGGUACGAGGAAGAGACAAAAGGCGACGACGACAGCAACGCGUUCCGUGUGUUCGUCGCCAGGGCGCUGGGAUACCUGGUCGGGUUUGGAUCCCUCAUGCUGUACACCCCGAUYGCGGUCCGGAUCUCUUUGCAGAAGCAUGCGGAUGGCUUGGUGAUGUCGACCUGGUGGCUCAAGCUCUCCUCGUACCUGCUGAGCGAUGCCUAUUACGUGCGGAAGCGGUACGAUCUAUCGACCUAUGCCGAAACGGUUAUCAUAACRAUCGAGUCCCUGGUGGUCCUGGCGCUGGUGGCCUGGUACCAGCAGAAAACGAGGGAAGCCUGCUUCUGGKUCAACCUCUCGCUCCUGGCCAUUGGAUCCCUGUGCGCCUUUACSAUCGCCCCCGACGGGGUCCUCGCUGCCGGGCAGCUGGGAUCGGUGCUGGUCAACACGGCAGCCCUGCUCCCCCAGUGCCACCACAACCUUUCGACGAGGACCAAGGGGGACUACAGCCCCCUCACGGCCACGCUGGCCGCGGUCGGCUGCCUGGUGCGGAUCUUCACCACCGCRACGCUCAACGRCRGCGAUCCGGUGCUGAUGGUGACCUUCUUUGCGGCCUUCUGCGCCAAUUUCUCGCUGCUGCUGCAGAUCCUCUACUUCGGGAUGGCCGUCGAGGGGCUGAGCUUUUGGAGUGUCUUCCUGGCCGACGUGGCGGGGAGCGGCGGUUCCAAUCGCUCCGGCAGCGAUCACGGCAAUCCCAACCACGGCGAUCUCUACGACGCCAUCGCCGAGCCACCACCCGGGAGUGGCGAUGCCUCGACCGCAUCGCGGCCGAGGGAGCCAGCCGAGCUGCCGUCGUCCGAGCGUGUUGCCCUGAGGAGGCGGCCCGCGAUCGAGCUCGCUGGCUGCGGKCCACAAGCCGGUGGCAGCGAAUUSUCCACCGUUGUGGAAGCCGGCGAGGCCGAGGCGGGGUACGGCACCGAAAACGGCGGCAGCGGCAGCAGCCGCGGAAGCACGCCGUAUCGCAACGCGGGGGUUCUCACGUAGCCAAGUCSUUGUUUCCGUGACAACCACCAAUCGAUCGGUSGAUCGGUGGUCCGUCCAUUGGGUUUGCACUGCCUUGCGCAAAAAAGAUGUUGUGAGCCUCCUUGCUUCCGGUGGGUUUGGGUUUGUGGUACCGGGGAUUUUUUGAAAGGGACAAAGCCGUGCCACGGCAUGGRGUGGGKGGGCGCACCGGAYGGAACGAGAAUAUAUCUCCCCAACGGAG